AUGGGGAGAGCGGCCGCCGCAGGAGGAGGCGCUGGAGGGGCGCGCCGGUGGCUCCCGUGGCUGGGGCUCUGCUUCUGGGCGGCGGGGGCUGCGGCUGCCCGAGGAACUGACAAUGGCGAAGCCCUUCCUGAGUCCAUCCCCUCAGCUCCUGGGACGUUGCCUCAUUUCAUAGAGGAGCCAGAUGAUGCUUAUAUCAUCAAGAGCAACCCCAUUGCACUGAGGUGCAAAGCAAGGCCAGCCAUGCAGAUAUUCUUUAAAUGUAAUGGCGAGUGGGUCCAUCAAAAUGAGCAUGUCUCCGAAGAGAGUCUGGAUGAGAGUUCAGGCUUGAAGGUCCGGGAGGUGUUUAUCAACGUCACCAGACAGCAGGUAGAGGACUUCCACGGGCCCGAGGACUUCUGGUGCCAGUGUGUGGCCUGGAGCCACCUGGGGACCUCCAAAAGCAGGAAGGCCUCCGUGCGCAUAGCUUAUUUACGGAAAAACUUCGAACAAGAUCCGCAGGGAAGGGAGGUUCCCAUUGAAGGCAUGAUAGUGCUGCAUUGCCGACCUCCCGAGGGAGUUCCUGCAGCUGAGGUGGAAUGGCUGAAAAAUGAGGAGCCCAUUGACUCCGAGCAAGACGAGAACAUUGACACCAGGGCUGACCACAACCUCAUCAUCCGCCAGGCACGGCUCUCUGACUCAGGCAAUUACACCUGCAUGGCAGCCAACAUCGUGGCCAAGAGGAGGAGCCUGUCAGCCACAGUGGUGGUUUAUGUGAAUGGAGGCUGGUCUUCCUGGACAGAGUGGUCAGCCUGCAAUGUUCGCUGUGGUAGAGGAUGGCAGAAACGUUCCCGGACCUGCACCAACCCAGCUCCUCUCAAUGGUGGGGCCUUUUGUGAGGGAAUGUCAGUGCAGAAAAUAACCUGCACUUCUCUUUGUCCUGUGGAUGGGAGCUGGGAAGCGUGGAGCGAAUGGUCAGUCUGCAGUCCGGAGUGCGAGCAUUUGCGGAUUCGGGAGUGCACGGCCCCACCCCCAAGGAACGGGGGCAAGUUCUGUGAAGGGCUAAGCCAGGAAUCUGAAAACUGUACAGAUGGUCUCUGCAUUCUAGAUAAAAAACCUCUUCAUGAAAUAAAACCCCAAAGCAUUGAGAACGCCAGCGACAUUGCUCUGUACUCGGGCUUGGGCGCUGCCGUGGUGGCUGUUGCAGUCCUGGUCAUUGGUGUCACCCUUUAUAGACGGAGCCAGAGUGACUAUGGCGUGGACGUCAUUGACUCUUCUGCAUUGACAGGUGGCUUCCAGACCUUCAACUUCAAAACGGUCCGUCAAGGUAACUCCCUGCUCCUGAAUUCCUCCAUGCAACCAGACCUCACGGUCAGCCGGACAUACAGCGGGCCCAUCUGCCUCCAGGACCCUCUGGACAAGGAACUCAUGACAGAGUCCUCACUCUUUAACCCUUUGUCUGACAUCAAAGUCAAAGUCCAGAGCUCAUUCAUGGUGUCCCUGGGCGUGUCUGAGAGACCCGGGUACCACGGCAAGAAUCAUUCCGGGACUUUUCCCCAUGGAAACAACCGCAGCUUUAGUACAAUGCACCCCAGAAAUAAAACACCCUACAUCCAGAAUCUGUCAUCACUCCCCACAAGGACAGAACUAAGGACCACUGGGGUCUUUGGCCACUUGGGAGGACGCUUAGUCAUGCCAAAUACAGGGGUGAGUUUACUCAUACCACAUGGGGCCAUCCCAGAAGAGAAUUCUUGGGAGAUCUAUAUGUCCAUCAACCAAGGUGAACCCAGCCUCCAGUCCGAUGGAUCCGAGGUGCUCCUGAGUCCUGAAGUCACCUGUGGCCCUCCAGACAUGAUCGUCACCACUCCCUUUGCAUUGACCAUACCACACUGUGCGGACGUCAGUUCUGAGCACUGGAACAUCCAUUUAAAGAAGCGGACGCAGCAGGGCAAGUGGGAGGAAGUGAUGUCAGUGGAGGAUGAAUCCACAUCCUGUUACUGCCUUUUGGACCCCUUUGCAUGUCACGUGCUCCUCGACAGCUUCGGGACCUAUGCCCUCACUGGAGAACCAAUCACAGAUUGUGCUGUGAAACAGCUCAAGGUGGCGGUUUUUGGCUGUAUGUCCUGUAACUCUCUGGAUUACAACUUGAGAGUCUACUGUGUGGACAAUACUCCUUGGGCAUUUCAGGAAGUAGUUUCAGAUGAAAGGCAUCAAGGUGGACAGCUACUGGAAGAGCCAAAAUUGCUGCAUUUCAAAGGGAACACCUUCAGUCUUCAGAUCUCCGUCCUUGACAUCCCGCCAUUCCUCUGGAGAAUUAAACCAUUCACUGCAUGCCAGGAGGUCCCAUUCUCCCGCGUGUGGUGCAGUAACAGGCAGCCCCUGCACUGUGCCUUCUCCCUGGAGCGCUACACGCCCACCACCACCCAGCUGUCCUGCAAAAUCUGCAUCCGGCAGCUCAAAGGCCAUGAACAGAUCCUCCAAGUGCAGACAUCCAUCCUGGAGAGUGAAAGAGAAACCAUCACAUUCUUUGCACAAGAGGACAGCACUUUCCCUGCACAGACUGGCCCCAAAGCCUUCAAAAUACCUUACUCCAUCAGACAGCGGAUUUGUGCCACCUUCGAUACCCCCAAUGCCAAAGGCAAGGACUGGCAGAUGUUAGCACAGAAAAACAGCAUCAACAGGAAUUUAUCUUAUUUUGCUACACAAAGUAGUCCAUCUGCUGUCAUUUUGAACCUGUGGGAAGCUCGUCAUCAGCACGAUGGUGAUCUUGACUCCCUGGCCUGUGCCCUUGAAGAGAUUGGGAGGACACACACGAAACUCUCAAACAUUACAGAAUCCCAGCUCGAUGAAGCCGACUUCAACUACAGCAGGCAAAAUGGACUCUAG